GCCCAACGCGCAUCCACAACUCCACGAGCAUCUGUCGGCUGGCCCUGCCGCAGUGCCCACCACCUCCAGCUAGCUCAUUGGCAUCCCCGCAUCGUCCCUGCGGCCGGCCGCCGCGACAUCAAUUUCCUUCGCGAACCGAUCGCCCCCCUCCCUCCACGCGAGCUACCUCCUCGCUGGUCCUCGUCGGCGACGACGACGAGAGAGAUCACGCCUCGGCUCCCCAUGGCCGCCGAACCUGCGGACACCGGGAGCAGCAAGCCGGGUUCCUCUUCAUCCAUGGCGGACGUGUACAAGGGCGAGCUCACGCCGCUGCAGCGGCACGUCGCCUUCUUCGACCGCGACAAGGACGGCGUCAUCUACCCCUCCGAGACAUACGAAGGGUUCCGCGCGAUCGGGGCCGGCGUGUCGCUCUCCGCCUUCAGCGCCCUCUUCAUCAACGGCCUCCUUGGACCCAAGACUGUACCGGAGAACGAGAAGGCUCCAGCGUUCAAGCUCCCCAUUUACGUGAAGAACAUCCACAAGGGCAAGCAUGGUAGCGAUUCGGGUGUGUACGAUGCCAACGGAAGGUUCGUUCCUGAAAAGUUUGAGGAGAUCUUCAAGAAGCAUGCCCACACUAGGCCUGAUGCUUUGACAGGAAAAGAGCUGCAGGAGCUGCUAAAAGCAAACAGGGAGCCCAAAGACUUCAAAGGAUGGCUGGGUGGUUUCACGGAGUGGAAGGUGCUCUACUCCCUCUGCAAAGACGAAAAGGGGUUCCUUCACAAGGACACGGUCAGGGCAGUCUAUGAUGGCAGCCUAUUUGAAAGAUUGGAGAAGGAAAGGAAGUUUAAGGAGUCUACUAAGAAGAAAUGUUAAGAACAUCAUAAAGCUAGUGUGAAUGAAUUUGUAAAUUAUAUUAUGGCGUGUGUGGAUCAGUAAUUUUAUAUCCUAGUUUGUCAAUUCAUCUUUUAUAUAUGUAACAAGAGCCUGUCCACUCCUCUAAAUAUAUUGAAAGUACUUUGUGGAUCAUGGUAGGUGAA